UCUUGUUCUGCUGGUCUGCUUUCUUAUUUCUACAACAAAAAGGAUUACCAAAACAAAAGUAGAAAAGGAGAAUAAAAAACUGGUGAAGCAAGAUGCAUUGCAUUACCACAGAAGUAUAUCAAUUAUUAGUAUUAUUAUGAAAUUCGUAAUAUUUUGCCAAAGUCUAAAGGGGAAGUCACAGUCAUCAUACUUGGAAAUGGAAUAUUGCUUUUCGCAGGCCUAACAUGGGAACAAGUGCUUCUUUUUCUCUAUGUCAGUCCGUAUCUUCUGUGAAAAUUAAAAAGUACAAUAAAAAAAUCAGUCCAGAGUCUUUACCUCAGAAAAAUACAAAGGUCUUCAAUGUUUCCCUGGAGACCCUUCGGGAGAAUGGACAGACUGUCUGUGGAGUUCCAGGGAUUGUACGCAGCAUAGUGGAGUACUUAGACGAGUAUGGUCUGGAGCAGAAAGGGCUUUUCCGGGUCAGCAGCUCAGUUAAUAAACUGAAGGACCUGAAAGCGAAAUAUGAUGGAGGUGAGAAAGUGGAUCUGAUUGAAGAUGGAGACAUCGAGUCUGCAUCCGGGUUGCUUAAACUCUUCCUCAGAGAACUGCCGAAACCUGUCAUCCCAGGUCCACUGCAUGUCUGCUUUGUGGAGGCCUUCAAAGGUAAUAAGGACAAGGCUGAAUUAAACCAGCACCUGAAGCAGCUGUUGGGUGAUCUACCUCAGGAACAUUACAGUGUGCUCCGAUACCUCUGUAACUUUCUGCAGAGGGUGGCGACCCACAGCCAGUCUAAUCAGAUGACCAUGGAGAAUUUGGCAGUAGUGUUUGGGCCUUGUUUCUUUCAUGUUCCCUUCAGCUCCAGUAUGCAGGAAGAGCAGUCCCUCUGUAAUGCUGUGCUGCUGCAUAUACUGCAUAACUUUACUGUCCUUGUGGAAGAUGCAGCUGGUGACAGAACUGAGGAGAGACCAGAACCCACUGACACAGAGGGUCGCUGCACUGUAAUGUCAAAUGUAAAUCAGGACAUGUCUGUCACAGAAGAGAGUACAGAGACCCCUAAUGCUCCUGCUUCAUAUCCUUGUGCUCAGUUGGUAAAGCGGAGGACGCCGGUCCCAACACCCCGUACCAGGGUUCCUGCCAGAAGUCUGGGAACAGCAGACCCAGGCUCCCCCACAUCUUGGGAAAUUCAUGUGGCUGAGGUGCCAGAAAACAGCAUGGCAGUGUUUCCUCCCACAAUGAGCACAACACGAUUUACAAGCAUCCAAGCCAAAGGCAGUGCAGCAAUAAUGGAAAGCUCUCCAGAAGAAGGUGAGUUAAUGCAGGAUGAGAGUCUAACCAUUUCCAAGCAGCAUUUCAUACGACACACUGUAGAAAAGCGUGACAUCCACCAGGGCCUCAGUUUGACCGCCUUACCUGCAAGGGAACGCAGACGUCUGAUAAGCCAGCAGGAGGAUGCUUUCCGACUUAAAGAAAUGGAUGGCAAGAAUAAGGAAAAUCUUCCUAGCAAUGCAGUGUUUGUAGAGGAGGGUCGGCUACAAUUGAAAGAAGCCAUGCCACGUGCAGAGAAGAAAGCUUUGGAGGACUUGGAGAAAAACAUUGAAGACAGUUUCAAGCCUAAAAGAUCCAAAUCAAUCUCUGAGAUAAGUACAGAGUAUGACCAGGACCAAGAUUACAGCAAGGACAUGGAAAAUAAAAUGCAAAGUUUGUCAGCAUGUCAAAUGAACACUAAGCUGUCAGAAUCCAGGCACAUUCAAAAUGCUUCAUUCCAGUUCAAAGAAAUAUUGGAUUUUCAGAACAGCAUGGUGCACUCACUGAAUGAAGACACGGUGGAACUUCAGGAUUACAAUGAGCUAGUGGAAGACGAUCCUACAAGGAGCACCCAGCUGCAACUGAUUGCAGACAACACCACCCCCACUGCUACUGAAGAAAGCAAUGCUUCAAGCAAGGGCAUCACCCAGGACGACGAAGCCAGUGCCCAGCUGCAGCACCCCAAGGAGCAGAGCUUGCAAGCAGGACACACUGCACAGGGAGAAGAUGCUAACACUAGAGAGCCCCAGCCAGCCUUCAGAAACUGUCAGAAUGAAGCUGACAUCCAAGCCGAAGUACAGCCGUACCCCAGGACCAGCCGACUCCUCCACCACAUCACUGAUGGAGACAACCCCCAGCCCUCGCCUCGCUGCCCCAGCUUCAGCCAGAGCCAACGAUUCAACACUGACCCGGAGUCUGCUCCCUCGCCACCCUAUUCUCAGCAAUUCAUAAUGUCACGGGGCAUUGUCAGUGGAGAUCCCCCAGAGACUGUGAAAAAGCCUGUAUCGGUGACACUGCUGACAAAGCACAUUCAGAACGUGAAGAAGAAAAUCAGGAAAUAUGAAGAGAUGUUUGAGCAAGAAAGGAAAUACAGGCCUUCACAUAAUGAUAAAACAGCAAACCCUGAAAUCUUCAAACUGAUGAACGACCUGGCCAAAUCUCGCAAACAACUCAAAGACCUCAAACUGAAAAUGUCUGUGAAAGAACUUUGUGAACAGAGAGAGCUGUGCAGUGUGAACUGUGGACAACAGGGGGCAGUAGAGCUACAGCAGAAACCUUGCCUGGAGGAAACUGUGGAGUCUUUGAUAGUGAGACUGAAGGAGAAACGCACAGCACUUGGCCUGCCAGAGAAUAUGAAGGAAAUGACCCAAAAGCAAAUGGCUUUGGAAAAGGUUACGCUGCAAAAAUGUCUGUUGUAUUUCGAGAGCCUUCACGGACGGCCGGGAACCAAACAGGAACGGAAUCUUAUGAAACCACUUUAUGACAGAUACAGAAUGAUCAAGAAGUUUCUAUGUGAGGCGUCUUCAAUUGCUACCAUUGAAGAAGAGGGAUCUGAUGAAGAGAAUAUGCAGCAGAACCUAUUACCACCUUCCAGAAUAAUAUCCCAGAAUUCCUCCGAGUCUUUGUGUGUCUAUGAGGAAGACAAUGAGCCUGCCUUUGUAUCCCCUUUAGAUGAGAUGAAAGCUGUCAGGCAGACUGCUGUUACCAUAUCCAAUUUACACGAGGCCUCCAUGUCUGAGUUGCUGGAGCACCUUCGAGAAACCAGAGCUGAAAAGAAGAGACUUAGAAAAGCUUUGAGAAAUUUUGAAGACCGUUUUUUAAGACAAAUGGGGAGGACUGCACAGAAAGAGGACCGAAUUCCCAUAGCUGAAGAAUACUGGGAGCUCAAACAAGUGAAAGCAAAACUUAGAUUACUGGAAGUUCUCGUCAACAAAAGGGGAGCUGCACAGACUAUAAAAAUGCAAAACAGUUUUGACAGGCAAGCCCACCGAAAGGCAGUGGAGCCGUGACCAGAAGAUGCGAAACGUCAAGGGUUUUCUUAGGAUCUUGCUUUUUUUUUUUUUUUUUUUUGUUCUAACCUUGGCUUGAGGCAGCAAGACGGUGACUGUUUUAAUAGCCUAUUGCAUUUCUUCACUUUUUUCCUGGUUCAAAUGAAAAUUAUUCCAUUACUCCAGCUUCACAAGACUGGGUCUAACACUGCUGAAUAGAGUAGAAACCAGAAUCUCCACAGCAGAAAGUGGAGUUGCUGUGACGGAAUAAAAUCACUACACUACAGCAAGUCAGAAAAGGUGUAGUCUCUACAAAUGUACUAUUACACUUUAUUGAAACAAUGUAAAAACAGUAGAAGGUAUUGCACCAGGCACUUAAGAUACAGAAACAUAUUAGGAAGAUCUCCCUUAAAACAGAAGAAUUUUCUACAUAGGGCACUGUAUGAUACUGUAAAAAUUCAAGACAGUGUAAUAAGAAAUAAAACUAACCCUUGCAAUUUGUUUUUUUUUUAAAUAAAAAAUGGAAAAACCUAGAGCUUGCACUCAAAGGCAAAGCACAAAAUGUGUGGAAAUGAUAACUGAAUAGUCUCCAUAGCAACAAACCACAGGUCUAAUGUAUCUGCCAUUUUAGAAGCACUUUCCAGUUACAGAUUUGUAUUGUGGCUAAUUUUAGUAUCGUCAGAAUACUACCCUGUUCCAGAAGGCAACACAUAUGGUCUACUGUUUUGUGUGGCAGCAUGGUGUGUGUAUAAUACUAAUUUGAAACAGGAGGUAUCAUGUACCAUUUGUCUCUAGAAAGUGGUAGAGAUUCAGUUCUUCUGCAGUUUUAACAAACAGUGCUUGUUCCUUUAUUAAAAUUCUCUUUUUUUUUUUUUUUAAAAAAGGGUAUUUUGUUUAAUAUUUAUUGAAAUCUAAUCUAUACAACAUCUAAUACUCAUUUUCCAAUUUUGUAUGUCACAUCUUGAAUAAUAGGUGAACACCACAAAAUGUGGGCAAAUACUUGCUUUUAAAAAUGCAGCAUAACAAGGAAACUUAUAGCUGUUUUUUGAUUGCCAUUCUUCCAUUGUAUAACACUUCAUCUUCCAAAACCAAAUGUUUGUCUUAUUACAAAAUAAACAAAACAGAAAAGCAGUUUUUUUUUGUUACUUUUACAAUAAAAACGCAAUAAUGUAGGCCUAUCUAUUGCGGACAGGGCAUUUCACAGGUAUUUGAACAAUUACCUUACAUAAGUAAACCAGAUGGCAGGAAUAUGGAAUAUGUUAUUGAUACCACCUCUUUCUGCAGUAAAAGUUUAUGCAGCUAGGCUCUGUACAUUAAUAGGGAAGAAACUGUAUUUGAGUGUGUUAUGAACAGGACUCUCAUUGCAAGUCACACACGAAAUAGCAGUCAGUUAUUUAUUACCAAAUGUAUCAACAAAUAUAUUCUGGACAUGUUUUGUUCAUGUAAAUGUAGCACUUUCUAUGGAAGUUAUCUGCCAACAUGAGCUUUCUAGUCUGUAAUCUAAAAGUAGGCUAUAUACUUAGACAUAUUGGAGCAAUUCAUCCAUAACAAGAUUUACGAUUCUCCACUCUACACAAAUGCAAUUUGUAAAGGACUGCCACAACUACACUGAUAAGUAGUAUUUAAAAAAAAAUAAAAAAAAAUAAAAAAUCUGAGCACCAGAUUUGAUCAUCAUAUCUCAGGGAUCAAGGGUAAGUUACCUACCUUAUGGGCUAAUACCACUGGUCAGAAAUCAAGAUAGUGUAUCGUUUUCUGCACAACCCAUACUGUAUGCAUGACACGAAAUAUACUGCAUUGGGAUUCUAAAGUAAAAACAUUAUUCAGCAUAGAAUGGCAACUCAGUAAAGGCAUACAGUACAAUAACUCGUCUUUAUCAUUCAUUAGUUGAAAUGCAGAGUUUGGUUGCCAGUUUUAACUAUUGCAUACCUACAGUAAGGUUAGAAGAAACUCAAUCCACGAAGUGGAGAGCUUUCAGAUUCUGGUAUAUGCUCAGACAAUGCUGUACUGUAUCUCAAGAACAACAAUGAAAUGCCUUGCAUAAUACUCCUUAAUGCUGGCAUUAAUGCCACUCAGCCUGAGGA